UUUGUAAUACGAAGGUGCCAGCUACUUUGUACGUUACCAAGAGCAGGUCUUUUGUAAGAAACUUAAAGUAUGAGAAACUCAUCGCAGUAUAUUCACGGUGUCGAAUCGGCGUGACGCAUUUCAAAAUAACGUCGAUUUCGAGGCCCCCCAAAAAAUAAAAUACAUGGGCGCACCAGAACAGAUGAUGACGUUAGUAGGAAAAAUCACACCCAAUCGUUUGCGUGAGGUUAAGUGUACUUUUCCGGAGCACGCCAGUUCCGUUCCGGCCACACCACUCAGUGCCGAUGGGAUCCACUAAAUACGGCCUUCCCCUGCUGCCAGAUGUACCGAUACAUGGCAUUACUACUCGUGCCCCUAGCAGUCAUGUGCCACGAGGGUACCCACGGCAAACGAUUCAACUCUUUAGUUGGCCCUUUCAUUGCUUCUGUCGACCGCUAUUACAUGUGUGAACCAAACAACCGCCCGCUUCCCUGGAGAUGGCAUUUGCGCACGACUCACUUCAACCCACACAAACCAAAAGAGUUGCAACAUUUGACAGGCAACAUUACUGCUAAUGAGACUUUUGAUGACAGCUGUUGGGGGAGAGUAAUUCUUGAUGCCUGGUCAAACAACCAAUGGAAAGAGAACGCCUUUGUCUUUUACUUCAAAAACAAUGGAUGUAAAGCUUUCAAAGAAAACAUACCUGGAUUAUACGACCUCGUUUUUAAGAAGACAGAAACUAAAGGCACGUGCAAAAUGAAACCUGGAGUUUACGAGCUCAAUAACGCCCCUAUAAACUGGACUUAUCCAAAAGUUCCAAUCAUGCCUUAUGGACAUUUUAGGUUCAGACUCACGAUUGGCAGAGCUGAAAAUCUAUUCGCUUGCUUGGUGGUAGAAUGUUACACAGUACCGAAAGUGGAGUAGCAAAAAUAUGUUAAUAGUAAUUUUACU